GUAUUGAAAUUAGUUUUGUGGAUGACCUUCCAAGAUGGCGAAGUAUCUGCAGAAACUUUCUACUUUUAGGCAAAUAAUCCGCGAAAAUGGUGGAAUUAUUCAAUCCUUUUUGGUUCUAUUUAGAACUGAUGAUUUGAGAGCAGGCAAGUUAGUGGGAGAAGACAAGUAUGGAAACAAAUAUUAUGAAAAUAAUGAAUUUUUCUUAGGUCGUAAUCGCUGGGUGAGGUAUCCUGAAUCAGUUGGUUUCGAUUACGAUGGAAGCCAGGUUCCUGCAGAAUGGCACAGGUGGCUUCAUUCUAUUACGGAUAAAUCUCCGAUCGAGGAACCUCCGAAGUUUGAACGGUGGAUGUGUGACCAUGAAGAAAAUUUCACCGGAACGAAUAAAGAUUAUGUACCUUAUUCAACAGCAAGACCAAAAGUUGAAUCAUGGGUACCCCCGAAAAAAUGAAGUUAUGGACAUUAGUCAUGUACAUUUAAUGUUUGUAAAUAGAUAUUCUUGUUAGAUUGACACCGUGAUACGGAUUUGUCAUUUUUGAAUGUCUCUUUUCCUGGCAGAGAUGAGAGAUCAAAGAUAACAACAUGUUCAUUUGGAAUUCUACUUCCUGGACGUACUCAAUCUGACGAAAUCUCAUAUCAUAGAUGGAAUUGGAAUUGAGUUGCACAUAUCUGGAGUAGUGAUGUGCUUGUUUUCACGUGUUGAUAAAUAAAUAGUCUGCCAUUUGUA